AGAGAGGGCAGCGGCGAGGGGUGGCUGUACGACCCUCUUCAGGAGGGGAGGGGGGUCUGAUUAUAACAAAAUAUAUAUACACACAUGUGUCAACGCCUUAGCCGCACGAUAGCUCAUAUGUGAAUAACAGUUAUUUUAGAAAGCAUACAGCCGUGGCUAUCCAUUUAAAAUGCCUAUUUUACUUUUCCUGUUAGACACGUCCGCUUCUAUGAAUCAGCGCACUUAUUUGGGUACGACGUAUCUGGACGUUGCUAAAGGCGCGGUUGAGGUCUUUAUGAAGCUGCGUGGCCGAGACCCGGCUAGUAGAGGCGACAGGUACAUGCUAGUUACAUUCGAUGAUCCACCAUACGGAGUAAAGGCCGGCUGGAAGGAGAACCAUGCCACCUUCAUGUGUGAGCUGAAGAACCUGCAGGCAUCGGGGUUGACCACGCUGGGUCACGCGCUUCGCACAGCCUUCGACCUUCUUAACCUCAACCGCCUCGUCUCAGGCAUCGACAACUACGGACAGGGCCGUAACCCCUUCUUCCUUGAGCCGUCUGUGAUCAUCACUAUCACUGAUGGGAACAAGCUAACACACAGCUCUGGGGUGCCAGAUGAGCUGCACUUGCCUCUGAACUCGCCCCUGCCCGGCAGUGAGCUGACCAAAGAGCCCUUCCGCUGGGACCAGCGCCUCUUUGCCCUGGUGCUGAGGCUGCCAGGAGCAACCAUACCAGACAGUGAGCAGCUUGGUAGUGUCCCCACAGAUGAGUCAGCCAUCACCCAGAUGUGUGAAGUCACAGGAGGACGAUCGUACUGUGUGAGGACGCAGAGGAUGUUGAACCAGUGUCUGGAGUCUCUGGUGCAAAAGGUUCAAAGUGGUGUCGUUAUUAAUUUUGAAAAGACAGGGCCAGAUCCGCCUCUAGUAGGAGAGGAUGGCUCAGUGGAGUCAACUCGUCCCGUGUCAUCCUUUAGUCCACAGCCCUGGCACAGUUGCCACAAACUCAUCUAUGUGCGGCCGAACCCAAAGACAGGGGUGCCAGUUGGACACUGGCCCAUACCAGAGUCCUUCUGGCCGGACCAGAAUUCUCCAACUCUGCCACCUCGCACGGCCCAUCCUGUGGUGCGUUUCUCCUGUGUGGACUGUGAGCCCAUGGUGAUCGACAAGCUGCCCUUUGACAAGUAUGAACUGGAGCCAUCUCCUCUCACCCAGUACAUCCUGGAAAGGAAGUCUCCACACAUGUGCUGGCAGGUGUUUGUUAGCAGCAGUGGGAAGCAAAAUGACCUGGGCCAGCCCUUUGGCUACCUUAAAGCCAGCACCACUCUCACCUGUGUUAACCUCUUUGUCAUGCCUUACAACUACCCAGUCCUUCUCCCACUCCUUGAUGAUUUGUUUAAAGUGCACAAACUAAAACCGAACCUCAAGUGGCGGCAGGCUUUUGAAAUGUACCUGAAGACCAUGCCUUCAUACUAUCUCUUGCCCUUAAAAAAGGCACUGAGGAUGAUGGGUGCACCUAACCUUAUUUCAGACAACAUGGACUGUGGCCUAAGUUACAGUGUCAUCUCCUACCUGAAGAAGCUCAGCCAGCAGGCAAAGAUCGAAUCAGACCGUCUGAUAGUGUCUGUGGGGAAAAAAGCCCCCCAGGAGACCGGUAUCAAGGUGAAGAACCACUCCAGUGCGCUCUCUCUGGCCCAUCGCUGUGACUUCAAACAGCUGCUGCAGGGAAUCACCGGGGAGGUUCCCCUUCGCCUGGCAGACAUCAACUUCAAAGAGUUUGCUGGUUUCCAGAUCGCCCUGCUCAACAAGGAUCUGAAGCCUCAAGCCUAUCGGAACGCGUAUGACAUCCCAAGACGGAACCUGCUGGACCAGCUAACGCGGAUGCGCUCCAAUUUGCUGCGGACGACGCAGAAACUGAUCAGGGGGCAAGAUGAAGACUAUCUGCACAGUAUACCAGUGGCUCAGAUGGGAAACUAUCAGGAGUACCUAAAGAUGAUGCCUUCUCCUUUGAGGGAGAUCGACCCUGACCAGCCAAAACGCCUCCACACGUUUGGUAAUCCCUUCAAACAGGACAAGAAGGGGAUGAUGGUUGACGAGGCAGACGAGUUUGUAGCGGGCCCUCAACACAAGAAAAGAGGGAGCUCAGGUGAUUCCAACUCGGGCGCUGCUCUGAAGAGGAGGCGCAGCAUGUCCCCGCUGCUACGGCGGCCGCAGACUCCUCCAAUGAACUCCAACCACGUGGUGGCGAAGGGUCUUGCAGGGGUUCAGGGGCAACUGAACCUGAUCAAGCCCAUCCCACAGCACAAAGGAGUGGAUGGCAACAGUGUGAUGGUCAGUGAGAGUAAUGGUGAGGGCGUUCUUGGACCCGACUCAGGGGACAGCUGGCCCACCGAGGUAGACGCGGUGGCAGGGAGCCCAGCUCCUCUCAGCCUCGGGGAACGGGUCGGACUGGGAGCAGCUGACCAGGCAGAGGACAUUUGUGUGAUAGAGGAGAGACUAUCAGAGGACGGUUUGGACGAGCGGCCUGUGGAGGAAAAACACAACUGUGAACAACUGAGUCCGCCGAGCCAGGAGGGGGCAUCAGAGGGUGCCGGAGCCGAUCCGGCAAUGCCUGAGACCAUAUUCAUACCACCACUAGAUGGCAGCCAAGCAGAGCUGCGGACGCGGGUCAUCAAGGAGGUCCGCAAGCCUGGCCGCAAUUAUGAGGCAAUCUUUAGACUACUGCAGGAGGUGAAAGGAUCCGUUAAUGUCCAGAGGUACUUCAUCCACCAUGCUAUCAAAGAGGCUGCCAGGUUCAAGAAGCGGGUCCUGAUCCAGCAGCUGGAGGGAGCCCUCGCUGAGCUGGAGGAGAGGCAGACGCCAGCCUCCCGGCUCACCAACGAUCACGGCAGAUAGUGAAGAGAGCAUGACUCCCUGCCACUAAAGGCAGAAACGCGAACAAUGUACUUCCCCCUUUUGAGGGAUACAGCAUAUAGUGUUGAAAAAAACAACCUGGUUGUUUGACCUUGAAGAGCAAAGAGAGGGUGGGAUGGAGGGGAAUAGGACAAAUGCCCAGACUGCAGAUGCCCCUGCUGUCCUUGUGCUGUCACUUCAGGCUAAAGGGUUUAACUGGAGGAGGGGCCUGGGGACAGAUCCACUGGGGAUGAGCAAAGAGACUUUGAAUAUAAUCCUCUUCAUAUUGACUGCUGCCUUUCACAACCAUUUGGCUCCACAUACUCAUCCAGCAGGCGCACACACACACACACACACACACUCCUUACAGUGGAAACACAAUAAGCAGACGGAUUAUGAAAAUUGUAGGGGACGGGGUUUUUUCAUGUGAGGCCUGUAUUUGAGCUAGUAUUCCCACCGUUUGUUCAGGAUUAAGGCUACGAGACAGCUACUCAUUAAUAAUAAAAAGCAACAAGGACCUUUCUUCAGCUGGUCUGACAAGUAAGUGCUACUGUAACGCAAGGCUGCCAGUGCACUUGCUUGAAGUAAUAAACUGUUGUGCACUCAGAAAUCUUAUCACUCACAUGAGAAAUCUGGUCUACCUCAUUAUCUUUAGUGUUAAAUCCACGCAGAGACGUUUUGGGCAGGUCGGACCAAACUACGCCAAAUUGGACACCGACUUACUGACAUAAGACAGGUGUACUCUCUAAUUUAUUGAUUCAGUAUCAAUACACUCUUACCUGCCACUAGAGCAAUAGCAAAUGUGUUAAACUAAGGGACUGUGAGCCUGACCCCCUCCCAACCACACACACACACACACACACAUACACACACACCAUGCUACAAUCCUCCACAGAGCCACAGUCAGCCCAUUGAUUCCUCCCGUUUCUGCAGCUGUUUUUAGGAAAUCUGCAUCUGCCAGUUGACGGUCCCCUGUUGUUGAACUUGCACAGCUGGUAAAAUCUGCCUUCUGCUGCAUUUUACAUCAACAAAAAGACAAGUUAACAGUUCUCCUGUGUUUUUCCUUUGUUUUUACGACAGAUGUACACUACUUUUUAAUGUUCAUAAGGAAUAUAGACUAUUUUUGUGAAUUUGUUUAUUUCAGAGUAUAAAAAAUAUUUUGGAAGAAAUGUUUAAAGCGCUUUUUGUAAACUGUUAAAUAUAUAUAUAAGGGAAAGUUUUAUAAACUGAAGCUUUUUUUAACAAAAUUAAAUUACAAAUAU